AUGGGUAUUGAAGGAAAAGUGUGCUCGAUUUCUGUGGACAAUGCUUCUUACAGUGAUGCAGUUGGUCUUUCUGAAAUUGAAGAUGUAAUUGAAAAUGUAAGGGAAAGUGUGAAGCACAUAGCAGCAUCCACUGCGCGUUUGACUAUGUUCAGUGAUAUUGUCAAACAACUUCAGUUGCCAAACAAGAGGUUGAUUUUAGAUUGUUGUACACGGUGGAAUGCAACAUAUUCUAUGUUGUCAUGUGCAAUGGAGUUUAAAGAUGUAUUUCUAAGGUAUGUUCAACGAGAUGUAAGUUAUUUGUCAAGUGAUGAAGAUUGGAUGAGGGUUGAAGAAGUUUGUUCUUUCUUAGCACUGUUUAAUGAAGUUAACAAUAUUAUAUCAGAUUCUAAAUAUCCAACUUCAAAUUUAUUUCUUCCUGAACUUUGGAGUAUCAAGGAGUUAUUGAUGGAGAAAUCUUUGAGUGGUGAACUUUGA